CUGAGAAAAAAAAAAAAAAUGCAACACAAGAGAAAGGAAGGGUGGGAUGUUCUGUCUUUUAUGAGGUUUAGACACGAAGAGAGGGGAGCACACGCACGGCCUUCAGGCCUGCGGCACACCGCUGACACAGCCUUUCUGCUGUCACAGUGACUCCUUAAGCUUGUUUUUUAAAUAAUUUAAGUGUAAAAUAUUCUUGGUGCACCUGCUGCAUGUGAAUAACAAAGGCUUGAUCUUGUGUGGGUAUACUGAAAGGAAAGCAAAGGCCACUGAUUACAUGAAAUGCACACAGCAUGUUCAUUCAUCUCUUUUUCUGAAUGAUUGAAUUUAUGUUUUUGAUAAUUCUAUAAUGUUAUGCAAUGUUUACACAAUUUGCUUAUAUAUUUUGCACGCAGAUUAAAACAAUCAAACACAGUUUAGAGAAGUACUAAAGUGCUGGGAAAGUGUAAAAAAGUCUUUAUGCAAAGUACUUUCACACAAGCAAAAAUUUGAAUUAAAUUUACAUUUAAAUAGUUUAUAGGAAUCUCUAUAUAUGUGACCCUGAACCACAAAUCCAGUCAUAAUGGUCAAUUUUUUUUAAAUUUAAAUGUAUCAUCUGAAAGCUUUCCAUUGAUGUAUGGGUUGUUAGAACCAACAUUUGGUCAAAAUGCAACUAUUUCAAAAUCUUAAAUCUGAGGGUGCAAAACAUUCUAAAUGCAUAUUACUAAUUGAAAAUGAGUAAUAAUUACAAAAUGUCUUCAUGAAACAUGAUCUUUACUUAAUUUCCUAAUGAUUUUUGGCAUACAAGAAAAAACAAUAAUUUUGACUCACACAAUGUAUUUUUGGCUAUUGCUACAAAUAUACCUGUGCUACUGAAGACUGGUUUUGUGCUCCAGGGUCACAUAUAUGUGCAGUUUUGUAAAUCAUUACUUUAAUUUAAUUACCGUUUUUACCUUGAAAACUAAAGCAAGGGAUAACUCUUAAUUUUUCUGUCAAUUAAUUACAGUUACUUCUGAUAAAAUUGAAUUAAAUACUCUGUAGAAUCAUUCUAUAUAAAACAACAGUUGAUUUAAUAUCAAAAUGUAACAGCUAAUGUUAAAAUGGUUUUAAUUUAAUCUUCUCUUUUAAAUGCUUUGGUUAGUUCAACAAUGUAUGCAGUUUUGUGUUAUUUGUUUGAUACAAUUAACAAAACAAUGUAAUGUCUUUCUUUGUUUUGGUAAAAAUGGUCAGGGUUGACAUAGGAAAGUUGAUUAGUAAAUUAGUAGAUAGUAAUGUUUUUUUUUUUCUCUCUCUCUCUCUCUCUCUCUCUCUACGAGUAACUUACCCAUCACUGUAUCAGAAUGGCAGUGUGGGAUCUGUCCGUCACUGUGGAGGAACUGGGACCCGAGGCCCCGCCUCUCAAAAUCAGUGUCACCUCAGAUCUACAUAUUGGUGGAGUCAUCCUCAAAGUGGUGGAAAAGUCACAAAUAAAGAAGGACUGGUCCGAUCACGCCCUGUGGUGGGAACAGAAGCAGCAGUGGUUACUGAAGCCGUCCUGGACGCUGGAUAAGUGUGGGAUCCACGCAGACGCCGCUCUGCCUCACGCCGCAGCACAAGCCCCUGCACCUCCUCCUGCCCAGCGGCAUCACCCUCGCAUGAGAGUCUGCUUCUCCAGCUCCGUCUUCCGCACCGUCAUGGGCAUCUGCAAACUCCUGAACAUUCGCCGUCCGGAGGAACUAUCCCUACUGUGGCCAGUAGAAGAGAAGAAGAAAAAGAAAGAUAAAGAUGCUGAGAAAGAGGUGUACGACAUCACACGCGCACCACUUCCUUCAGGCACCAUCCCGACGCUUGCCAACGGCAUGCCUGCUUUCUUUGCUGAAGCGCCCGACACUGAGGCUGCGUACAAGAUGUUGGCGGUCAGUCAGCCUGUUCCGGCCCCAGAGACCAUCGCCAAACUCUAUCGCUCGACUAACAUCAUGGAGAAAGCACAGAUUAACAGCAGGUGGUUGGAUUCGUCCCGUUCUCUUCUACAACAGGGAGUCAAAGAAAAUGAUAAACUUUUACUGCGAUUCAAAUACUACACCUUUCAUAACAUCACACCACAGACUGACGCGGUGCGUCUGACGCAGCUGUAUGAACAGGCAAGGUGGGCCAUCCUGCUGGAGGAAAUUGAGUGCACUGAGGAGGAGAUGAUGGUCUUCGCUGCCUUACAGUACCACAUUGGGAAAGUGUCUCUGACCGAGCAGAUUGUGGCAUCUUGUCCAGCUAUGGACGACCUGGAUUCAGCUCUGCAGUGUCUGGAGGUGAAAAUGGAAGGAGAGAGCAGUGCAGAUGACAUGCUGGAAACGAUGACGGCACCAGAACUACACGACUACUUGAAAAUAUUCCGGCCGAAGAGGCUGACACUGAAAGGAUAUAAACAAUACUGGUUUACAUUUAAGGACACGACCGUCUCCUACUACAAGAGUAAAGAGGAGAGCAGUAAAGAGCCAAUUCAACAGAUGAACCUUAAAGGUUGUGAGGUGGCUCCUGAUGUGAGUGUUGCUGGGCAAAAGUUUUGCAUCAGAUUGCUGAUCCCCGGACCAGAGGGCAUGAAUGAGGUCUACCUGCGCUGUGAGCAUGAGCAGCAGUACAGCCGAUGGAUGGCAGCAUGUCGUUUGGCCUCAAAAGGCAAGACUUUAGCUGAUAGCUCCUUCUCUACCGAGGUGCAGAGUAUCCAGUCGUUCUUGGCCAUGCAGAAAACCACACCGAGUAAUAACACAGCUCAGUCAGAUGAAAGCAUCAAUACACACAGCCUCGUCUCUCCACGCUACCAGAAGAAGUACAAACCCAAGCAGCUGACGCCGAGGAUCCUUGAGGCCUACCAGAACGUGGCUCAGCUCUCAUUAACAGACGCCAUUCAGAAGUUUCUUCAGAUCUGGCAGGCUCUGCCUGACUUCGGCCUCUCUUAUAUUGUAGUCAGGUUUAAGGGCUGCCGCAAGGACGAGGUGCUCGGCAUCGCCAACAAUCGUUUGAUCCGCAUUGACCUGAGCGUCGGAGAUGUUGUGAAAACCUGGAGAUACAACACCAUGAGGCAAUGGAACGUCAACUGGGACAUCAAACAGGUUGCCAUUGAGUUCGAUGGCAAUGUGAACAUCGCCUUCAGCUGUGUGACAGCAGACUGUAAGAUCGUCCACGAGUACAUCGGCGGAUACAUCUUCAUGUCGACGCGCAGUCGGGAGCAGAGCAACGUCCUGAACGAGGAGCUGUUUCACAAACUGACAGGCGGCCAUGAAGCUCUAUGAGAAAAGAAAACAUCUGUGCAUUUAUGGACUGAAGAGAAUAAGAUCUGCCAAGAAAUGUUCAUUCAUGAAAUAGAAAGCAUACACAUACAGAUAUGGCCAUUCAGGAGUACUUACCCUUGAAAAACACUAUUGUGUCUUGACAGGUUUGUGAGACCUGAGGCGUUUCAUUUCUGCCUUUGUUUUAUUUGGCUUUGAUUGUUCUUAUGCUAGGAUAUUUUCAGUGUUACUCUCAACACCGCAUCUUGUAGUUAUUAAAUUUCACAGUCAAACCUUG